GUGAUCUGUGGUCAAAACAAAGCAGCAGUGUUUUGUUUUUACGGUGCAAUUUCGUGAUUUCGCUGGUAAAAUGGAAAAUACCUACAAUCAGACAUGAGCUAAAAUAUUCCGCCUAAUUACAUGAGUUAUAAAAGUGUUUACAAUCAUGUCUCAAAUGGUUACAAAGUUGAUGAAUAUGAGCCCUCAGGUAAGGGCAACAUUUCUUGAAAUCAAGCCUGUAUGCGACCUGGUGUUCAAGGACCCUUCUCCUGUAAACCUAGCAAAAUUCAACACAAUGGUGGAUGAAGUCAGGAAGGAUGUAGUUCAAGAAUUUCAGCAAUACUUGAUGUUUCCUUUUACAAGCCACUUGCAAUCUCAUUAUAAUAAAAAGAAGUAUGACUUGCAACUGCGCUUGGUGGCGUCAAUGAAGGAGUUGUUCCAGAGGAUCAAAGUGGACAGCUACGAGAUGUGCUGGAAAGUGGAGAGUGUGCUGCUGAAAGUGAUCUUCGACAAGACCCAGCCUGGCAUGAUCGCUGAUAUACCAGAGGAGCUGAAACUAAGUGUUGUGCAGUGUCUCACAUUGCUGAUGCUCAACCUGGAUCAGGUCACAAGGAUCAAGAUGCUGGAGGGCCAAGUUCCCAUGCUGGCUCAGACUAUUUUUGUGUCGGUUCAUCUGGCCAAGCUUGAGAAACAUAGAGCUUUAAGAUUGGCAGCAUUGAACUGUCUAGGCGCGCAUACAAUGACACAUCCACAACUCACUGACAAAAAUGAUCACAUAACUGAUCCCUUACUAGAGAUAGCAGUGGUUAACAUGAUGGCUUGCAUUCUGCCCGGUGUACUGGCUGCCCUGCAGGAUGUAGCAACAUGCCCGGACAACCCGGGACAUGCCAUUGUUGUGGCAGCCCUAAGCGCCACGCAUCGUGUGCUCUGCAUAACAAUGCACAACAAACACUUCUACAAAAAGGACAGCGUCACCGCAGAGGACUUCCUACAUUUGUUCGCGGAAAAGGUCAAUGCGGACAAAGAUGUAAGCGCAAAGGAAGUUAUACGAGAUGCAAAGUUAAACUCGAUCCUAGCCGCACGAGAUUGUCGCGCGUUGGCCGAAUACUUGUACACUGAGAGAAAGUAUACUCAAGACACCACCUUGAUGUGUAUGAACACACUGUUUAAAGGACGAGGUUUUAGCUCCAAAAGCAGUAAAGGAAGACGUUAUUUUAAAGACCUAGUGCGUAAAAUUAAGGAAGACUCUGAGUUUAUUGUGACAGUGACAAAACCAAAAGACAUUCCUAAGCGCACACCGGAAUGGUACGCCAUGGCGAGCGAGAAACUGGCAUACGUUGUGAAGAACUUAGUGCCUCUAGUCACACAUGAGCACUUUAAAGUACGGAAGGAGCUCGCCGUGCUUUGCUAUAGGAUACUGUCAGAGUGUAGUGCUACAAUGCAGCCGUCCCUAGCAAUGGCUCUAGACGUCCUUAUCACGUUAUCGAUGGACCCGUACAAGGAAGUAUCGGAGUAUUGCGUGAGAGCCGUCGACUCGCACUUCGCCCGCGCGAAUACACAGCUGCGGGUAGAAGCCGUGGACAGCUUGUGUGAAAACUUCUUCACCACGCUCAACUGCCUGCCGCGGAUACUGAAUAACAUUGAUUCAAGUCGGAAAUUAUCAACAUUAGGCCUUUUAUAUGGAUACUUGAAAAUCCUGUGCGACGACGGUCGUCCGCAACGCCUGACCGGCGCGCUCAGUGCGAGCGACGGCUUCGACAGACUCUGUGACGCUUUACUGGCGGCCGCGGACUUGCACACAGACCUGGCUUUGCUUACACGACACGCUGGUAGAGAUGUGACGUCACCACCCUCAACCGACACGCCCUGGUGUCGCCUGAGACAUCUGGACUGCAAAGAGUCGGAGCGGAGGCUGCAGCAGGUUUGCCAAAUGCUUGGCGAAGCUGAGUGCGCCGAACUAUUCCUUGACCGCCUGUUGGAGCUGUUCCACGAGAGGAGGAGCUGUGAACUAGUGUAUAUUAUGAACUGGGUUGGUUCAGCACCAAACUCGUCACCUAGCUUGGCAAAGCGAAUAAUAAGCACGUACAUAGCGGAAGAUAUUUGGUAUUUGCCUCUUGAAGUAAGUAAAGGGGAAGCGCCCGUCACUAAGGAGGAGACCCUGGACACCUCGGUUUAUAACCCUCGUUCCUGGACCAAGGACAGUGUACCAGGACUCUACGAAGGAGCAACUGAAACGCGAUACACAGACAUAAGUUACGCCCAACCGCGCACUAGAUAUGUUGAGCCCAAUUCAUGCAAGUCCAUAGCUGAAGCGCAGAGAAACAUGGCCUUUAGCUGCCUCGUCACUGAAGGCCUCGGCAUGAUGGCGAGGCGACUCAACAAGGACUACCAGCCUUACUUGCUAAACACUUUGUGCCUCAUAUUGGAACGAGUGGGUAGUCAAUACGAGAAUCUUCAUCUAUCCGGCCUAAAAGCUAUCAACGAUGUAGCGUGUGCGUUCGACCACACGAACGUCACAGAAUUGAUAGCAGAAAACGCCGAUUACUUCACUAGUCAGAUCACUUCGCGGUUAAAAAAGGCGUGGAACACUCAGUCGGCGCUGCAAAUAUUAUCAGUUGUAAUGGAGUACAGUGACUCCAGCAUACUGGACUAUAUGUAUGGAAUAGUUGAAGAUGUGUUAGUCCAAUGCUGUGACAAAUACUACGAGAGGCAUCUAUACGCGUACCUACAAGUGUUCCUGACAUUCGUCACUUGUAUACGGAGAUGGUUCUUACUCGACCAAAGCAAAGCUGCCACGGAGGACCCAGCUCAAGAGAUUGAUAUCAUGCAGGAUGUCAUUGAGUUCGCUAACAACAAACAGGAAGCUGCAAGGUUGUUAAGUACAGAAGAGUUUGAGAAAGAGAGUGAAAUGACAGUAGAGGAGAUGUAUAAAGAGGAUACGAAAAAGAGAGAAGAAGACGUCUUGGAUUACGACGAUAUGGUAGCGGAGGAAUCCCCGCCUCCACCACAACACAUAAAAGUAACAAUAACUAUACUCAAACGCUGCAUAAAUUUUAUACCAUCGAAUCGAGACGAAUCCUUACUAGCCUUGCGAAUCCUAACCCUCGGGCUACCUUUACUGAAAGAGUAUGAGAAUGAAUUAUUGCCACUGGUGCAUUUGACCUGGUCUCCCUUAGUAGGAAGGUUUGAGACGACGGAGCCAGCAGUACUUAGAUGCGCUUUUGAUCUGUUUGUGGUUUUGGCAGAGCUUUCCAAGGAUUUCUUGAGGAGUCGGGCUGUUAGAGACGUCCUACAACAAAUGUACAAAUUCCUGAAGCGGUCAGCUCAAGAGAGCCAUCUCAAGGACACUGGCUCAGCCUACCGUCUCUCCCACACAUACAAUCUACAGCUCGCGGUACUGACGGCGCUGCCCGGCCUCGUCACCGACCUGAACUUGGACGAGGACAAACUGACUGAGGCCAUGACGUGUGUGCAGGUGUACCUCUCCAACAAACAGCCCAAACCCUUGCAGAUGCUGGCGGUGAAAUUCUUCAAGGACGUCCUGUCAUUCAACUACGGCUGCGCGUGGUACCACCUGCGCCUGCUGUGCGCGAACGCGGAGGUGCUGCACGCGCCGCGCGCCGCCCACGCGCAACUCGCGCCCGUGCUGGGCACGCCGUACGAGACCCGCGACCAGGACUACGACGCCAAUGUCAAGCUUAUAUUCUAUGUGCAUCAAUAA